AUGGCUGAUGGGAGCGGGGAUAUCGAGAUGACGAAGUCGGAGUAUAAAUCCGAUCUAGGUCCCGGCAGGCUAUGCGACGGUACCUCUACCAUCUUCUCAACAAAGCAUUCUUGGGCCAUGUUUGUUUUAAGGACCCCACGCGCAACCAUCCUCAGUAGUGUUCCCGUGGAUUUUAUGCUAGAUCUGACUAGCUUCAUCGCCCGCCACUUUGUUGCCGAGGGAGAGAUGGUCACCGUGUCGCAGUCUGAAAAUCAAGUGCUGGUUGAAGUAUUGGGCAACACCUUGGCGCAAACGACGCUGCCUCUACCCGAGGCGCCCUACACCAUGCCAGCCUCGCGACUGCAGACCUCGACCUCGACCUCGGCCUCGAAGCGGAACAAAUAUGCACCGGUGCUCGUAGGCGACAUGAUGGGCUGGGACCACGAAUUGAUUGUGGCCGUGAAGCUCACACUCGACGACAGCACCACUGUAGCCACUUACGGCCAGCAGAGUGGAAGCCCUGAAAUUGUAUGCGAGGGGUUGCACCAAUGCGACACGGCUCUGGGCAGUACCUUCAUGGGCUCUCCUUACUGCGCUCGUCCCAUCUCGUCACGGAUCGCCCAAGCCAACGGACCAGGACUUGCUCUAGAUUUCGCGCCGUGA